UCGGCAUACGUUUUAUUAAUGUUGAAAAUUCUUGCUAAAUAUUCGUAAACAAAAGAAAUCAAGAUUGGGGAAAAUUAAUAAGCAGAUUGUAAAACCAUAGGGUUUAAUAUGUCAAAAACAAGGCGGGCCACCCAUGCAGGGAGCUGGUAUACAAAUGAUGGGAGGGAGCUGAGCAAUCAGUUGGAAGAGUGGCUGUCAAAAGCUACCCCAUCUUAUUCUCCAGCAAGAGCCAUUAUUGCUCCCCAUGCGGGUUACUAUUACUGUGGAGCAUGUGGUGGUCAUGCCUAUGGACAGAUUGAUCCAACCAACGUAAAGAGAGUGUUUGUUCUAGGACCCUCCCACCAUGUCCGUCUGUCUGGUUGUGCCCUCACCGAAACUUCCACAUACCAGACCCCUCUGUAUGAUCUAAUUAUAGACCAAAAAAUAAAUGAAGAAUUAAAUGCCACAAAUGCUUUUGAGAAAAUGAAGAUUGGCACAGAUGAAGAUGAGCACAGUAUAGAGAUGCAGUUACCCUACAUUGCCAAGGUUAUGGAAAGGAAGCGUGGGCAGUUCACGGUGGUACCAGUUUUGGUUGGUUCCCUGUCCUCAGACAAGGAGAAGCUCUAUGGGUCUAUAUUUAGUCAGUAUCUUGCAGAUCCCACCAAUUUGUUUGUGAUAUCCUCCGAUUUCUGUCACUGGGGACAACGAUUCCGUUAUACAUUCUACGACAAGUCCUGUGGUGAAAUCUGGCAAUCCAUUGAGGCCUUAGAUAAAAUGGGAAUGAAUGCAAUAGAACAAAUGGACCCUGUUAAAUUUUCUCAGUAUCUUAAAGAUUAUGAAAACACUAUAUGUGGCAGAUACCCUAUAGUUGUUCUACUAAAUGCAAUAGAUGUUCUAAGAAGAAAUGGAAAUGGUCACCGAAUGUCCUUCAAGUUUACAAACUAUGCCCAGUCCAGUCGAUGUAAGAAGACCAGCGAUUCGUCGGUCAGUUACGCAGCAGGUGCACUUCUGAUGCAGUAAUUCUAAUAUCGUAUAUUGUCAGUGGUCCGUUAAUUUACACGAAAUUUUCGAACUUCAUAUUAUUUUUUGGAUAUUUAUGAACACAGUUUAAAGUGUACACUCAUAAUUGGGUAAUAUAUCCCUUGUCUUAAUAUGUGUCGAAAUAAUGAAUUAGAUACGACUAUAAAGUAAAAUUCUGAGUUGUCAGUCUAAAUUUGGCUUGAGUCAAGUAUGAAUGAGUUGCCAAUUUGCAUUUACAUGUACAUGUAUUUUGAAGUUGCCUUUUUUUCUUUUGUAAUAAAAUGUAUAAAAAAGAA